UCAAAUUAAAAAGUCACAGGUCUGUCCAAGGCAGCAAAUUGUAAAAAAGAUUUUUAGAGAAAAUGGCUGCAGAAUCAUCUUCAUCAGCCAUGAUAGACAUCACAGUUAAAACGUUAGAUGGACUAAAUCGUACUUUCACUGUUCCAGAAAAUAUUAAUGUUCGUCAAUUCAAGGACAAAAUCAGUGGAUCAAUUGGAAUCACUGCUGAUGCACAGAGGCUCAUUUUCCAGGGCAAAGUAAUGCAAGAUGAGAAGAUUUUAAAGGACUAUGAUAUUCAUGGUAAAGUUAUCCAUUUGGUUCAAAGACCUCCUCCAUCAACACUAACUGGAGCAACUCACACAACAGCCUCAUCAACAGAUGCCAAUCCCCCAGGAAGAACACACAUCCCAAUAGAUAGCAACCUUUUUGAUGUACAGAUUCACCUUGGGCGUAUGAACCAAUUGACACCUAAUAACAGAGAGGCCAGAGCUAGAAUAAGACAAGCAGACUUUAACCUUGGCCUGAUAAAUGACCUUCUCACACUUCUGGAGCAGUCCUCAAACAAUGCUACAGCUGAAGAGCAAUCAGCUGCCUCUGCUGGCACCAACAACCAGGCUGAAUCCAUGGAUACCACACCAACUGCUGAGACAGAGAGACAGGAGCCUGAAGGAAGUACCACACCACAACAGAGAAGUACAGAUACAUCUAAUGGAGAAGGAAGCAGACGCACUCUUAUUUUCCACAGGGUAUUCUUAGCUACAGAACUGGCAGAUUUCCUGGACAGGUUAUUGAUCAUAAAUGAAAGGAUUGUUCCUUACAUCAGACGUUACAGAGAUCUUCUUAGGAGUGAAGAAAACUUCACAGAGACAUCUACAGAUGCCCAAAAUGCUCAUGAAGUUGUGAAUCGAAUGUCUGAGGCCUUACAUGCCAUGAGUCAUGUGUUUCAUAGUCUAAGUGAUGUCACUGUAGAUAUGUCCACCAGUGUACCCAGGCAAGGAGUGGCUACUCCUCCUGCACCAUUUCACCUUCCAGGGACAACUAGCAUGGCUAUACCUAUACAUAUGAAUGUGAGAGCCAGGCAAAAUGGCAAUGGUAACAGACAGCGGUCUCAGGAGACAGCAAGCACAACCACCACUAGUUCAACUACUACCAACCCAGCUACACAUGCCACAGUCUCUGGUGGAACAACCCCUGUUAUCAGUUUCUCAGGUGGCAGAAACACUGUCCCAGAUCUGAGCAAUUUUACAAUUCCUCCUGUGACUGUACCAUUGACCAGCACAGGGGAUUCAGCCAUGAUGGUGGAAGUAUUCCCUACAGGAGUGACGGUGCAUGAUAUCAGAGCAGUUGUUACCCAGGAAGUAGUGGACGGACAGGAUUCUAAUAGUGACAGUGGGCCAUCUAACAUCACUGUUGUGUCUGCAGCUACCAUUGACCCAGUUGUAGUCACAGCCACACCCAACCCAAACCCAUCAUCAACUGCUUCGACACCCUCCUCUGCUGUGCCGCCUCCACCACCCCCAUCUACCCCACGCACCACAGAUGCUGCCAGCUUCACAACCACAACCUCUUCCUCAUCCACGUCAACCUUCACCUUCAGCCCAACAACCAGUGUGAAUAUUGCUGGUGUUCCUCCUGGUAUCGGCAUUGCCCAGAUGCCCAACUUGCCAGGUCUGCCUACAGGAAUGUUGCAAAAUAUUUUAGGAUCAAUUCUCAACUCUCAUGGUGUGCGUCCAGGCCAGCCUGUCCAAGUCAAUGUCCACCAGGUGACCUCAACACCUGCAGGUCUAAGUACUAGAGUAUUAAACCGUUCUCACAGGCAACAUCAGGCUAGUGAUAUUCCCCUAGAUGGAGACAUUCAUGUUGGAGAAGGUCUAACACUACCUAGAAACCAGCCCACUGCUGAUGCAUCACUUCAGACUUCUGGGACUUACACUGAUGCCCAGUCAGCCCCCCGCACUGAUGCAUCCACCAACACCUCACAACAAAAUGUUAACACUGGUAACUCUGCCAACUCCAGCAUCAACUCCAACUCUGGCCUUAGCUUUGCUUUCAACACUAACAGGGAUGGCAGCUUUUCACGCAGAACAGACCCAAGCAGCCCCUCUCACAGUCGCCUUAGUGCCAGUCUACGUCAGAAUCUUCAGAGACCUACUGGGACUAGGGACUCUGGCUCACAAGCAUCAACACCUAGACAUCAGGCCUCACAUAUGCGAACCCCAGGACAAAACCCAUUUUCUGCCCGUGGCUAUGUAGACCCAUAUCUUCCCUGUGCUUCUAACUUCUACACUUCUGAACUGGCAAGAAAUGCUUUCAGAAACAUACAAAUACAGAUGCAGUCUAGAGGACAGCCACAACCUCAACAGGUUCCCAACUUAAGUACCAUGGUGUCAGGCAUGAUGGGAGAAAUUAUAGAACAUGUUGAACAAGUCUCAGCUCAACAAGCUCUCAGCAAUAGUAAUAGAGCCCCUGCACCACCCCAGUCCACACCAACGUCAGCAAGCUCUGGUUCAACAACAAGCACAAGUCAAUCUGGCAGUACAGCCAACACUAAUCCCUUGUUCCAUCCAAUGGAGCUUCUGUCCAGUAUGAUAGGCUCAAACAUGAGUGGGGGACAAAGGGGAGCAGGACCAUUUGAUUUUGGUGCCAUGCUGGGCAAUUUUAUGAAUCCAAGGGCAACAAGUGAUACUGCCACUACAGCUCCUCCAGGGACUUUGGCUCAUCUCUUUACAUCUCUUAGGCAAGCCAAUGGUCAGGCAACAGAUGAAAACAAUGUCAUCCUGGGCCUAAUAGAAGCCAUUGCUCCACACAUGAGACUUACUGAUCUCUUUCAACUUGUUACUGGGGACUCACAGGUGUUGGCCAGGCUUCGGGUUCCUUUGAGAGAUUUUGUCAGGAGCAAGAUCACUCAGCAUGGUUCUGUGGAGAGAGUUGUGGAGAUUACACUAGAUGACAUGAACACUGAGAUACGUUAUAUGCAGGGUUUAGUGCAAGUAAGAAGUGGAGUGGACAUGGCAGCAUCCAUACGCAACUGUCUUAAGUCACAUCUAGUCAACCUGUUCUCAGCCGUCAAUUCUAAUGAUAUUCCCGAUGACAGAUUUGGUCAGCGUCUUUAUGAACUCUGGAUGAAAAUGAUGGCAGAAACUAUAGCUCUGUGUGUAUACUGUAUUCAAGAUGGUCAAGUAGGAUUUUCCAACAUGGUGCAACGCUAUAUGCCUCAUAUGACACAAGACAUGAACCCACAGAUAACAUGGUGGAUGACGACAUCACUGAGAGAUAUACUGGGGGCUUUCUACCUCAACCACCCAGUGCCAGAGAGUGAUAUUUUACCUUACGUCAUUCUGUUAGCUCCAAGAAGUGUAGAAUCUUCCAGCACAUCAACAACAGCCAAAGAAACAUUAAGUUGUAAUAAGUCAGCAUCCACUCCCAGGGAUGAUGCCCAGUCUGUCCUGACCUCGAUGGAGGUAGGCUCCUCUCCAUCCCCUCAGCCACCCAAAGCUAAAAUCCCAAGGACAGCUGCAGCUGAUGAUGAUGCCAAUGAACUCUUUUUAGAUGCACAGGAAUCUGUUAGUGGGCCAGCAACACCCAGGAGUCGCCCCACAACCAUUACAAGUAGCAAUCAAAGUACAGCAGGAGCUGUCGGUGGUGCCAGGAUUGUUAAUGGUAGAGGUACUACAGAUGAUUGGCAGUCAGUAAUACCACAGCAAUGGAUUCCAGUGAUUAGUCAAGACAUAGUCAGGCAACAGGAGCAGAGACCACAGCCACCAUUGAGUGAUGCAUACCUCCAAGGACUGCCAGCCAAACGUAGACGUAUGAUGACCUUAGAACACGCAGGAGAAAUGGGAAACAUGCCCCAAUAUUUUCCUGCUGCCAUAGCUCGGGCUGCAAGAGCUGCUGGUGUGGAACCAAUCAGCAGUGAAGAAAAUCUUCUUCAUGAAGCUACCGUGAACCAUGAACUGCAGGCUGACCUUGAAAGAGAAGUGGCUUCAGUCUUAGAAAGACGUCUUUCAUCCGACACUGACUUCAAUAGUGAUAGAUUUCCCAACACUCAAGAAUAUUUUCACAAGUCCAAGAGGCAUUAAAUUGAAUGAAGGCAUUAAUAUGUAUAUUUGAGAUUAUGUGUUAGCUAAUGCUUUCAAUAUUUUAACAUUCAUUUCAAUACCUACAAUGGAAACAGUUGUUUGGGGAAAUGAGGCAUUUUCAUUGUGCUUUCUUAUGGCUCUUCUAUCAAGUUUGUUGGAAACUCAUUUAAUAAACAUCUGUUGCUUUAUGAAUCAACCAGAGCUAAAUUGACAUUUUGUAUUUCUUAAGCUGUAGAAAAAUAUGUGCGGGUUGUGUUGGCUACACAUUCUUCUUUUUAAUCUUCUCCUUUCAUUUUUGGUGAGAGAUUUUUUAAAAUUUCUUUUAACAUCUUUCCACUAGCCAUCACAGAUGGGAGGAGGUCCACUUGGAAUGAAAGUUUCAAAGUUUUCCUGACAUUGUUUUCCUACUUGUGACAUUCAAAAAACAAUUGUAACAAGUUACUAAACAUUUAGGUUUACUUUAUUAUUUGUUGUUGUUCAGGGAAACACAAUUCCAGUAUAUAUAAAACAUUCAAAAUAAUUGGCUUUUUCAUCUGCAAAACUUGGGGGGAGGGGUAACAUAUGUGGUUUAUAUUUAUUUUAUUCAUUUGAACAGCUCCUAGAAACUUUUUUUUUGGCUUGUAAAUAUUUUUAUCAUGCACUUUCUAGCAAUGAUACUUUGUCAUAAACAAAUGUCUGGAAUUCUUUUGUAUUUUGUCUUCAAUUUUAGAAUUCAGGCUCACAGGACACUAUGUACAAUUUGAAGACUUGAGAAACACAAGAUUACAAAUCUAUUGAUGAAGUUUCAAUGUUACAUUUCUGUGUUUACGUAUGCUAAUAAAUUGAGUGAUUUUUAAUUCUA